GAUAUUAGUUGACGUGGCACUGAACGGAUACUGGUCUGGAAGUGUUAUGACUGACAAAAUUUUCCUGUUUCUAUAUCAGUACGUGUCUGAGCCUGAUUUUUGCGUGUCUUCAUCCUCAGCGGUAUAUGAUACACGAAUCUUCGCGUGACUUAAAUAAGUUUAUCUGAGUUGGAAAUAAGCGGCAAGGCAUUCGUCGACAUUCUGUACUUUUUGUACAGUGCCUAAGGAUUUCUCGUCAGUAUAAUUCAUAUUUGUUUCUUGGCCGAUAUUUCUAUAACAAAGAUGCAUUUGAUCGUGAUUCACGGGUAUAUUUUGAGUGGCACAGGCUCUAACAUUUAUACCACUAAUGUGGCGAAAACUUGGAAGAAACACGGUCAUGCAGUGACCAUCGUUUGCCAAGACCCAAUCGCGGACAAACUUCCUUUCGUGGACGAGUUUUAUGCUGGUACAGAUAAAAUCCCUACAUCUCCACCUCAAAAUGGAACAAUCAGAGUGGUUGUGCCUGAUAUCAACCGUCUUCUUCUGGUGUAUAGCUACGAUGAAUACCCUGGUUAUGUGGUCAAGACCUUGAAAGAGUGCACACUUGAAGAAAUAGAAGCUCACAUCGAAAUGACCGCCAAAGGUCUUCGUAAAGUCGUCGAUCAAGGAGCUGAUAUGAUUCUCACGAAUCACAUUUUGUUGUCGCCUGUCAUAGCAAGUCGAGCAACGCAAGGUACAAGUGUUCCUUAUGUAUGCAAGUUGCAUGGCAGUGCGAUGAUUUUUUCGCUCAAGCCAAGACUACCAGAACUGAAGCCCUAUGUCGUAGAAGGUUUGCGAAACUGCAAGCGUAUCAUAGCUGGUACAAAUCACAUUAGAGCUGUGGCAUGUGAAAUACUGAAGAGUGAAAAAGAAGUUAUUGGAAUGGAUAGAAAAAUGGUGAUCAUACCUCCAGGAUUAGAUCCCGAUGUAUUUCGAGCUGGUGGAGAUCUCGACGAAAGACAAAGUGCCUUUUUGACGAAUGUUCAAGCUUUCAAGACCAGAAAACCCAAUGGUAGAAAGGCUUCAGCAAUCUCCCAUCCAUCCAUUACUCAGUCACUGCAAGAUUUCCACAAUAAUUUGGUUGCUGUUGCCCAUUCAUACAAUCAGAGAGCAAUAGAUGCUGACUUAGUCGAGCGAUGGAUCCCUUUCCAAGAGGGUGAUUUCAUUAUUUGCUAUUUUGGUAACUUUUUGGAUACAAAAGGAGUAGGUGAACUGCUCACUGCAUUCCCAUCGAUAUUGAACCGAAUCCCAGAGGCAAGGCUAUUGCUAAUCGGUUUUGGGCGGUACAGAGAACACCUGGAAGGCAUGCUACAGUCUCUAAAGGAGGGAAACCUUGAAUCCUUUAAGGCAUACGGAAAUGCUGGAAUGUUUGUUGACUUUCCUGAUGACCUUCAGUCGUAUUUCCGCAAACUGAAACCCGGAGAACAAAAUCGAGUCACCAUCACCGGUUACCAAGAACAUAAUCAGCUCAAGGAAAUUUUGCCGCUGGCAAGUGUAUGUAUAGUAGGCUCAAAGGCAAGUGAGGCCUUUGGAAUGGUGUCUCUAGAAGCCAUGGCAGCGGGAGUGCUUCCACUCUGCAAUGACCACUCAGGGCUGUCCGAGGUUCUUGAAGCUGUGCGUGAUGUAGCACCAGAUCUUGAAAUCAAAAUGAGGCUGCCGGUACGUCCAGGGGGGUCACAUGGAACUGCAGAUGGUGCGUUUUUCAUAGAGCAGUUGCUUGACAAAAUUGAAGUGGCACGACAAUUUAUAUACCCAAAUGGAAUCAAGAAUCAAGAGAAACGUAAGGAGAUAUCAGCUCGACUUCGGCACUUGGCAGUAUCUAAUUUUUCAUGGGAUGAAUUGUGUAAGAAAAUUUCUGACUUAAAAGAAGCGCCUGACGUCUAGAUAAGUAAAUUAACCCGUAUUAGUCAAAACCUACUAAUGAUCUAUCACAAAUCCUGCGCUCUGAUUGGCUGAGCCACUAGUGCUCUAUUAUUGAUCGAUCACUACUGGCGAAAAGUGCAGAUAACCAAAACAAUUAACUCGCGUUUUCAACUUAAUUUCAAAAUAAAUUUUAUCCAUUUUUUAACAGAUUAGUAGGUUUAUACUAAAAAAAAUUAGACCUCCACCUAAUUAAUUGGCUAUUGACUCGUAGACUCGUAGGUUUAAAAUCGUCAAGUAGACCUUCCGGAGAAAACCUUUUGAGCUUUUAUGACUAAUUUUGUACUCUUCCCAUAGUCCUAGUCUCCCCAUAUAUAGUUGCCACUAAAGUAACGACCUUUGCGUUAAUUUUGGUUUUAAUUUUUUAUAGUGCGAAUGACAUGACACAAUAAAAUCAGCACCAGCACAUGUACGAUGUUAAACUAAACAUCAACAUUUACUAAGGAAUGAUGAUGAACUAGAACCUAUAGUCCAUCUUAUUAAUGACUUAAAACCAAAUAUAUACCAACGUUUUUAAAAUCCGGCAGUAUGUGAAAAUUUCUUUUUUUGAAUUGAGCGAUCAAAACAAAAUAGUUUCCCCUUAUACGUAAAGCCAGGUGCAUAUCCUUCGGCAUAAACGGUUACCCACAAAGUUUGAUAUGAUUCAGCUGAUUCCUGCAAUGCCAAAAGAGCAUCGGUUUGAAAACGAACUCCGUGUCUAAACUGUUGUGAAAUCUCUCGUAUUAGCUUUUGAAAAGGCACCGUAUUUAGCAUCAGCUGUGAACUCUUUUGAUACUAUAUUAUUUUCUUUAUGGCUUUCAUUUCUGACCGUGGCCUGUAGUGUUUUGGUUUCUUGAUCCCCCCAGUUUGGAAAAGGACGGUUUAGAGGUUCGAUGCAACCAAUGGUUUAAGAUAUAGGAAACUUGAAAGAACUGUCGAGGGUGCGGCUUCUGAUCGGCGUUUUCAUUACAAAGCCAGACGUAUUAAGCACGUUUUUAUUACAGAAAAACACUUCUUUUAGCUGUUUGACUCCAACACUGACUUCACGGGUUAAGUUUGUUUUGUUCUAACCAUUCUGUUAUAUUGGACCUAAAAAGUUCAAAAAUCGUCGGGUUUUGUUUGUCAUUUAUUUACGAACGAGUGUAAUUUUAGGUUUUCAUUAUCAUUAUUGGUUUCAUUUACCUUGACCAAGCUUUACGAAGUUUUAGGAAAGCGUUUUCCAGUGUUUAUAACCUUGGAAUGAAAGAAGUUAAAAAAACACGUAGUUAACAAGGGCGGAUCCAGCCAAAAUGUUAGGGGGGGGGGCUAAUUGAGUUUAGGGGGGGCUAAUUGAGUUUCUUCCGUCAAAAGGGGGGCUGAACAGCCCCCCUUUGCCCCCCCCCUCCCUGGAUAAGAACGCCCUUGGAUAAGAACGUCAAUGAAACAAACAAAACAAAAAACUUUUGAAAAUAGAAAUGAUGGGAAAAAGUAACGCGCCCGCGCCGCGUAGUAUAGUCUGUUGCUACGCAACUGGAAUGUACGUUCGAAAGUAACGAGCGAGUGAAAAUGACAUAAGUUCGGCAAUAACAUUCCAAUAAUGUUAAUUAAAUCUAAAUCGAAUAAAAUAAUUAAUCAUUUACUUCAAAUUUUGGGGUUUGGUGAUAUAUUGAGAUCAAAUGUAUUAAUUGCAAGUUAAAAACAACAAUAAAAAACGAUUUUUGAA